AUGGCGUCCCACGGGAAUCGACCCACGGGCUGCGGUCCGCUGGUGGCGUCCAUCUACUAUAAGUUGUGUGACCUAGACGCGGCGUGGGGCGUGGUUCUGGAGGCCUUAGCGUCAGCCGGUGCGGUGGUCAGCUUUGUCCUGUUCAUCGCGUUGCUCGCCAACGUUCCCUUCAUGCGUGACCGCGACCGGCGGAACGCGGUGGCGCUGCACGCCGUCUUCCUGGUGUGCACGGUUGGCCUCUUCGGCUUGACCUUCGCCUGCAUCGUGGAGAAAAACUUCUCCACCUGCGCCUCCCGCCGCUUCCUGUUCGGAGUUCUAUUCGCGGGCUGUUUUUCAUGUCUCCUGGUUCAGGGAGUCCGACUCAACGCCCUGGUCCGGGGCAGACCCGCGCUGCGGGCAGGAAGCUCCUGCCUCGCCGCUUUGGCUCUGUGGUCCGUGGAGGUGCUCAUCAAUGCCGAGUGGUUGAUCAUCACGGUGGUGCGCAAUCCGCAGGGGCCGGGCAAUUCUACUGCAUUGGCCACACCCUGCAACGUGGCGAACGCUGACUUCGUUAUGGCGCUCAUAUACGUGAUGGCGCUCCUCGUCGCCACCCUAGGCGCAGGCCUGGGCGUAUUGGCGGGAAAACACAAGCAGUGGAAGAAGGAUGCCGCCCUUAUCCUAGCGUGUGCCUUCCUUUCCAUCUGCAUAUGGGUGGCUUGGAUCGCCAUGUAUGUCCACGGGAACGUCUUCAGGGGUGUUCCUCAUUGGGACGACCCUACGCUAGGUGUCGCCCUGGUGGCAAACGCGUGGGUCUUCCUGACGCUCAUCACCAUCCCGCAAGUCUGCUUGUCAAGCGGGGAUGGAGACGACGGCCCUGACUUUGCGCAGGACGCGUACCCUAGUCGAGGUGUCGACUACGAGAACAUUCUCAAGGAGAACAGUCCCCACAACGUCUUUGCGGAUAACAUGGAGAACAAAGCCUUCUCCAUGGAGGAACCGGGACAAGGUGCUAAGGUGGUGUCCCCAUACAGCGGCUACACGGGGCAGCUGAGGAGUUGCGUGUACCAGCCCACCGAGCUGGCCCUCAUCUCCAAAACCCGAGGGGCCUCUAAUUCUCCGGAAGCUCCUUACGAUUCCACCAUUCCCAGAGCCUCGGCCCACUCUACCGUCGGCGCCUCAGUCGUGACGGACACAGUCAACCUUUGCGAGAUGUCAUGGAGGAUGGGUACGCUCAACAGGAAUGUCCGUGGCCUUUGUGUGGAGGCAGCAUCUCCUCCCACGGUCCCCCCGGAGAGCUGCAACCCCUCCAGCGGCCCCCCCGAGCCUCCUGCCCACUGCUGCAUGAGCGGCUGUCACAACUGCGUGUGGAUCGAGCACGCCGAGCGACUCCUGGCUUACUACAACGACGGCGGCGAGCGAGCACUGGCCGCCGUGGAGGAGAAUGUCCUGGAUGAAAACCUCAAGACCUUCUUGAAGAUGGAGAUACGACUACUUAACAAAACGUGA